CCUGGUGCAUGGUGCAUUCCUAGUUUUUGAGCUGCGAGCUUCCGGAUACUCAUCGUAGAAUCAUUAUUAUUGUAGAGCGGCACUGGCUCAUCAGCAGAAAAAAGUUUGUUUCAGAGAGAGGUCAGCUGCUAUGCGUGGUGCCAAGUCAAUUCCGCACUUUUUCGUAUGCUGUAAUGGAUCGUGAUGCGAUUGAGAACACGUUUAUGCUUCUUAUCCUUGGAGGUGCUGCGGUGUUUUUUCUUGUGUUUCAUUUAUGGAUUGUAACUUUCGUGCAUGACGCGAUUGAUCCUGGCAAAAUUGAAAACGUGAACUUUUGGACGGCAUUUUUAUAUGUAGGGCCUUUCUUGGUGCCCGUAUUCGCGCUCUUGACAUAUUUAUACUGGAGAACAACUAGACCAGUUUCAGCACAGGAAACUAUUCCACUGAGGAGUGCUGCAGGCGCGUAUUACGAUGACACAUUUGUUUUUCGCCAUCCCGGAACAUCCACUCAGUCUCCUGUCUACGCACCAGUGGAAACACCCGUUACACUGCCUGACCAUGCAGAUUUGGAUAAAGCUCUGGAUUUGUCAUACAGUGCGCCGAUAUCCUUGCCAUCCGUUGCAGAGCCCACUGAAGGUUUUUUGAAUACCAUCCAUUACGUCAGCACAGCGACCAUCCAUCUCGAUGUCCACGCACCGACAACCAGCAAAUAUGAUAACACAUCAGUUUUUGCUGGCCUUGAGGAUGCAUCUACGAACGCUGCGAUGGUCGAUGCUGCAGCUGAUCUUGGCGCCGUGGACGUCGGUUCGGCUGGAGGAGCUGUUGACCUUGCAGCUGCUGACGAGUCCAAGACUGGUUUAUGGGGUCCUGCAUUGACAGAUUCGUCUGGAAAGAGUCCUGCGUUGACCGAAUCGUCUGGAAAGAAUUCGCCGUCCUUUUCCCAGCGGAGCAGUACUGCGGAUUCCGGGGAAUAUCAAGACGCUUCGGAUGUGACCUUUAGCAAAUCAGUCUGCCGGAUGCUGUGGGGGGACUUCCAGGAACUGGGGGAAAUUAUUACUAAGGUUCUGGCCACGGCUAUGCAAAAGAAGGAGCAUCUGCCCGAUGAUCGCGACUCCGAUGAUGCGGUUGUUCAUAAAAAGCUCAUGACUCUGGGUCCACACUACCGCUCUCCGCAGACCAAAGGAUCGAUGGCGCAUUCUUUGCCAGGGCGUAGUGCUGCGCGGAAGGGUUCGAGUUCAGCUGAAAAGUUGACGCAUUUGCUGAAAUUUUACGUCGCCCACCAUCGUCAUCGACACUUCCAAACCAGUAUGCGCAAGCUCUUCGCGCGCGCUAUGAUAAAAUUGAGUAAGGCUGGCCGCGAUCAAAACCGGUGUCGUCAUGAUUCCGCAACUGAAUCUGAGUGCAGCUGGGAAAGUACUUCUGAUUCGGUCGCAGGUCUGUCAGAGACUAGCAAAAAAGGGUUUUCGAUCAACUUUAAUCCUUUGCUCCCUGCCCCACCGACCUUUGUUCAAGAAGUGCCGACUACAAAAUCAGUGAUUGCGGAAAUGGAAAAACUGCACUUGGGUGGCGAUGCACAUGUGUUUUCAAAUGCUGAUCGCAAUUUUUCUGGAUUGAGUCGACAAGAACGGUAUUUCUCCGCUAAAAAGCCUGAAGCCAGUAACAGUGGGCAAGCUGCGGCUCUUUCUUUCCGUGACUUUUAUCCGCCGCCAAAAAACGCCAUCAACCUUCAGCUAUACCAAAUUCGCGAGCGGAUUUUUAACAACGAUGUACAAGUUUUUUCCAUUGCUCCGGAGAUCGCAGCCGAGAAGAACAAGCCCGAGUACACUGAACUGGAACCGCAAAUUCUGUAGUUUAAUCAAGAAAAGAGUUUGCGGCGAGAGUGCGCUCUUUCCUUUUCUGGCAUUUUUCCUAUAAUUGUUGUGAUUUUCCGUUAUUGUGAUUCAUUAAACAGGGUGGUUGAUGUUUCUUUGCUAUCAUUUUUUUUUUGCUUUUUCAAUAGAUUUGAAUAGCGCAUUUGACUGAGAACUGAGCGAUCGUGUCACAUGUUUUGAACAAUUUUUAUUGCAUUGUGUAAAGUUUGGUGCUUUUGAAGUACAAUUUUAUGAAUAAAACGCGGAAGUAAAGAUAUAUGAACAAUUG